UGGCCUGUUCCACAAAGGCAUAUCGUACGUGGAAAUAGCAAAAACUUAUUACUAAUUAGACUUAACCUGCCCCCUCAAACUUCCCUUACGUCACCACCAGUCACAUAAAGGCUGGCCCCGCCAUUAAAUCUGCACCGCCCAUCAAACCGGAAACAAUGUCGACUAGGCUGAACAUUUUGCUAAUCAUCUUUAAACGCGGGUGAUUAAAAGGUCUAUUACCGUUGAUGAAGCUCACCUGUACCUUUAAUAUCACCAAAUCCCUUUCACGAGUCAACUUAACGAAGAAAAAUGAAAAUUAAAAAAAUCCUUUACUGUUUUUGUUGCAAACACGUACCAGCACAGACUGAAAAUAGACACUCACUUUCUCUCUCUCCAAAAAGCAAGAAAAAAAGAUAGGGAGAAUGUGAAAAUGAGGGUCUAGCGAAAGAAAGGAAAAGCAAAGCAAAGAGGAAGCAAAACGAAGCUUAAACUAAGCUAAAGAUGCUGAGAUUUGCUCUUUUAUGGCUUCUCGUUUUCCUUUUAUCUCUUUACUCAUCUUCAGCUCGGCCUGCACCUUUUGCCAUGCGAAUAAGCUGUGGGGCUCGUCAAAAUGUCCAAACCGCACCAACCUAUACACGGUGGUAUAAAGAUUUUGCAUACACGGGGGGAAUUCCAGCUAAUGCAACACUUCCACGUUCCAUUACUCCUCCACUAAAAACACUUCGCUAUUUCCCUCUAUCCGAAGGUCCAGAAAAUUGCUACAGUAUUAAUAGAGUACCAAAGGGACACUAUUCUGUGAGGAUCUUCUUUGGAUUAGUCACAGAGCCUGAGUUUGACAAUGAACCUCUAUUUGACGUAUCUGUUGAAGGCACCUUAAUUCAUUCUUUGAAAUCAGGUUGGACUGGCCAUGAUAACCAGGUGUUUGCUGAAGCCCUUGUGUUUCUUUUAGAUGGCACAGUAUCUAUUUGCUUCCAUAGUACUGGUCAUGGAGAUCCAGCAAUUAUUUCUAUUGAAAUUCUUCAAGUUGAUGAGAAAGCAUACUAUUUUGGUCCAGAGUGGGGUAAAGGUGUAAUCCUGAAAACAACUUCAAGACUGACUUGUGGCACAUCAAGGCCAAGAUUUGAUGAAGAUUAUAGUGGGGAUCAUUGGGGUGGAGAUAGAUUUUGGAACCCAAUCAGAACUUUUGGCCAAAAUGCUGAUAAACCGAUAUCUACUGAAAGUAGCAUUAAACAAGCUUCAAAUGCACCAAACUUCUAUCCAGAAGCUCUUUACCAAAGUGCACUUGUUAGUACUGACAGUCAGCCAGAUUUAGCUUAUACAAUGGAUGUGGAUCCCAAUAAGAACUACUCGAUAUGGUUACACUUUGCAGAGAUAGAUGCUUCAGUCACUGGUGCAGGGCAAAGGGUAUUCGAUGUCUUGAUAAAUGGUGACACUAUAUUUCAAGACAUAGAUAUUGUGGACAUGAGUGGUGACCGCUAUACUGCACUUGUGCUUAACACAACUGUUGCCCUUAGUGGGAGGACUCUGACAAUUACUCUUCGUCCUCAAAAAGGCAAUCAUGCUAUCCUUAACGCUAUUGAAGUCUUUCAAGUUAUAGCUGCUGAGUCCAAAACUUCAACUGAAGAAGUUAGGGCUUUACAGGCUUUAAAGAAAGCAAUGGGGCUUCCUAAGCGUUUUGGCUGGAAUGGGGACCCAUGUGUUCCGAAGGAGCAUCCAUGGGGUGGAGCAGAUUGUCAUUUUGAUAAAUCUGGCAGCAAGUGGUUCAUUGAUGGCCUUGGUCUUGACAACCAAGGUCUAAGGGGUUUCUUGCCUAAUGACAUAUCAAAGCUACAUCACCUACAGAGCUUAAACUUGAGUGGAAACACAAUUCAUGGGGCCAUUCCAUCCUCACUUGCAACAGUAACCAGCUUAGAAGUAUUGGAUCUCUCUUACAAUUCCCUCAAUGGAUCAAUUCCUGAAAGCCUAGGACAGUUGACUGCAUUACGCAGACUGAAUCUUAAUGGCAACUCUUUGUCUGGAAGAGUCCCAGCUGCACUUGGAGGAAGGCUUUUGAAUGGAGCUAGCUUCAAUUUUACUGAUAAUGCUGGUCUCUGCGGCAUACCUGGACUACCUACAUGUGGACCCCACCUCUCUGCUGGUGCAAAGGUCGGUAUUGGCUUUGGCGCAUCUUUAUCUUUCUUACUUCUAGUUAUCUGUUCAUUGUGUUGGUGGAAAAGGCGGCAGAAUAUUCUUCGAGCGCAGCAGGUUGCAGCAAGAGGUGCUCCCUUUGCAAAAGCAAGGACCCAUUUAUCACAUGAUAUCCAGAUGUCAAGGCAACAUAAUCAUGGCAAUGCUCGGACAGCUGCUGAGAAUGGACCUAGCUUGCUAUCGUGAUUAAUUUAGUGUUCCAACUCUGCUUCAUCUUUGGGUUGCCGGAUUCUCCUUUGUUCAGGAACAUGAAUUGCAGAAACAACCUAGUUGAUUUGACCCUCUCUGUUUCUUUACUUCAUGAUGCUGCCUAAUCUCUUUCCUUUCAGAAAUCUCAAAAAAAGCCUAUAGAAUUACUUCUAAAGGGGUCAUAUACCCCAAUAUUGACACUAAAUGCAGCAAACUAAAUUAUCUUUGUACAUUGCUUCUAUUAAUUUUCAAUCAAUUUUGGCAAAAGAAAUCUUGUAACAUAGUGAAGAACAAGUGCAUAUACAAAGUCAUGUUUCCACCUAUCUUCUCUGAUGUGAAUUCAGGGAGGAAACCGGUAUCUACUGGCUCGUCCGGAUCAUGGCAGAAAGGAAACAGGGGGAAAGCUGAUUCUCUCAGUUGUAAGCUUAUGUUAGUCGUUUGAAUUCAUUAUAAUUGAUUCUCACAUGUUUAGAUUUCUUAUUUUCUGUCUUUUCUUCUUUUUUCUAGAAUCUCGUGUUUAGAGUGUUAGCGAAUGUGUAUGUGCAACUGCUUAUGUUUUUCUUCUACAAAUCUAUACAGGAAAGGUUAUAUAUGAUUGAUUUAGAAAGGCCUGCAGCACAUUGUUUAAUACAUACGAUCUAUCUUUAGUUUUGAGUUUUUGACUCCUGAGUCGAGUAAUAAUAAUUAAUCAGUAGUAACAUAUAGAAAUAAUGCUUAAAAUUUUGAAUUAUGACACCAAAUCCGUGUGGAAUGACGUUAUGCUUGGGUAGGAUAGGAAUGGGAUCAAAGAUGCAUCUGAACUUUCUAUUUAGCAUGGAUAAUUCGGCUUUGCAGCAAAGCCAUCCAUUCAAAAUCCCAAACUAACAGACACCCGUUAAAGAAAAAGAAAUAUUGAAAAUCUGUACCCCUGCAGCCGCAUGCAUUUAAUUCCAACACGUGUCAUGAGACAACCCUAAAAGACAGUCAAAAAAAUAAAAGAAAAAGAAAACACAAUCCAAAAACCAUGAAAAUAACUUCACGUGACCAUGUGUCAGUUACCUGCAGUCAUUCACCUACAUCACCCUUUCACCGUACACUUUCCCAGUUUCCACUUUACCCCUCUUUCUCGGUUUCUCCUUCCCCCACACCCCACUCCAUUCAACCCAACCCAACCCACACUGGACCACUUUUGUCCUGACUACACCACCACACACCUCAAAAUCGAGUCAAACACGCCACCCCCAACCAAAAAAAAAAAAACUUACUCAGUCUCCUUCCAACCCAAACUCGGUCCUGUCUCCUGCAACUCAGACACCUCCUCAUGUACUUCCACGUGGGGUCGCCUGCCGUCUCCUACCAUCCUCCACUCACUACC